ACACCCAGUUACAGGCCUUGGGCCUAUCCCUGGAUGCGGUUAAGGCAAACAGGCCCGAGGUGUGAAGGUUCAGAGACCGGCGAUCGACCGAUCAACAGGCGACGGCUUGCCGGCCCAGUCCGGCCCUACAAUAGCACCGGCGGCUCCGCUGAUCAAAAAGCCCCGAACUCCAUCGGCAGAGCCCAGUAGGUAAACCUCUCCGUAGUCCUACUCUUGUCCGACCCGCGCGGCCGCCGCCAGCCCGCGCCCUCGGAGCCCCCUUCCGCUUCUCCUCUCCGGGAAUGGCGUCGGCGCGAGGACCUUGCGGAAUUAGUGUCCGUUCUGACUUCAGUUCAGCCUGCCUUAUUCACAAGGCUGGAGCCCCAUCGAAUUCUGUUUCUGGCGUGAUGGCUGUUCAGGUUCACCGCCACCGUAACAAGGUCCGCAAUGGCCAAGCUAUCAGGUGUGCAAUGGCAACUGGAAAAGAGCAGGGUGCAAUUUCCACUGCCAGUAGCGGUGAUCAAACCAAGGGCGGUUUGCGUGGAAAAUUAAACAAAGUUGUUUUAGCUUAUAGUGGUGGUUUGGAUACAUCCGUUAUUGUUCCAUGGCUCAGGGAGAACUAUGGUUGUGAAGUCGUUUGUUUCACUGCUGAUGUUGGCCAGGGUGCCAUUGAAUUGGAAGGGUUGGAGAAGAAGGCAAAAGCCAGUGGUGCAUGUCAGCUUGUUGUGAAGGACCUCAAAGAAGAAUUUGUUAGUGAAUAUAUAUACCCCUGCCUGCGUGCAGGUGCAGUUUAUGAAAGAAAGUAUCUGCUUGGGACUUCGAUGGCUAGGCCUGUUAUUGCUAAGGCAAUGGUUGAUGUUGCCAAGGAAGUUGGUGCGGAUGCAGUUGCCCAUGGUUGCACUGGAAAAGGCAAUGAUCAGGUUCGCUUUGAGCUUACAUUCUAUGCUUUAAAUCCUGAACUUAAAGUGGUGGCACCUUGGAGGGAGUGGGAUAUCACAGGACGUGAAGAUGCUAUUGAAUAUGCAAAGAAACAUAAUGUACCUGUUCCAGUUUCAAAGAAAUCAAUAUACAGCCGAGACCGAAACUUGUGGCACCUUAGCCAUGAGGGUGACAUCCUGGAGGACCCAGCAAAUGAGCCAAAGGAAGAUAUGUAUAUGAUGUCGAUUGCUCCAGAAAAUGCGCCCUCGAAACCUGAGUAUUUGGAGAUUGGUAUCAUUGCUGGUGUUCCUGUUUCAAUCAAUGGCCGAGACCUCUCACCAGCAUCCCUCCUCGCGGAGCUCAAUGAAAUCGGUGGAAAGCAUGGGAUUGGGCGUAUCGACAUGGUGGAAAACAGGCUGGUCGGCAUGAAGUCACGUGGGGUCUAUGAGACCCCCGGUGGCACCAUCAUGGCAGCCGCGGUACGCGAGUUGGAGUCCCUGACCCUGGACAGGGAGACCAUGCAGUGGAAGGACAUCAUUGCCCUCAAGUACGCCGAGCUGGUCUAUGCUGGCCGCUGGUUUGACCCGCUCCGGCAGUCCUUUGAUGCCUUCAUGGAGAAGGUUACCGCGACGACCACUGGUUCAGUGACCCUGAAGCUGUACAAGGGUUCCGUGAACGUCGCGUCCCGGAAGAGCCCCUACAGCCUGUACAGGGAAGAUAUCUCCUCGUUUGAGAACGGGGAGAUCUACAACCAAGCUGACGCCGAGGGGUUCAUCAGGCUGUACGGCCUACCGACACGGGUCCGGGCGAUGCUGGAGAAGGGUAUCUGAGUAGUUGCCUGCUUGAUUUAGAAAUAAAAACAUCUGUUUCCCAGUGAUUGCAGACAGAUGGGUGUUUGGUGGGGAGUUCACCAUGCUGUUUUACCAUCCGUUUACAUUGUCCAAACCAAAAUAUUAUCAUUGCUACAUCAGCUGCUUUUCUCAUUGGUUUAUAUUGAGCAGACCAUUCUGGUCGAUUAUCGUCA